CCCAAAUCUGAAAUCGAGCUGUUUAUUUAUAAUUCUUUCGGAUAUAUCGGCGGUAACAAUUUAUGACGGUGCACAGAAAUUAUUUAAUAAUAUAAUUGUGCUUAUAAUAUUUUGUAAUAUAAUUAAAUGAUCUAGGAAAAUUUACGACUUCUCUGAAAGAUGUCGUUCAAUUAUGUUGUUACCGCUCAUAAACCUACAAGUGUUGUGGCAUGUGCGACAGGUAAUUUUACUUCACCGGAUGACUUGAAUUUGUUACUGGCUAAAAAUACACGGCUGGAAAUUUAUUUAGUAACUGCUGAAGGAUUGAGGCCAAUUAAAGAAAUUGGUAUAUAUGGGCGCAUCACUGUAAUGAAGUUAUUUCGUCCCCAAGAGGAAAACAAAGACUUACUUUUCAUUUUAACUCAUAAAUACAGUGCUGCUAUAUUAGAAUGUGUUAAUGAUGGGGGAAACCUGGAGAUCAUUACUAGAGCCCAUGGCAAUGUUUCUGAUGCUAUCGCUAGACCGUCUGAGACAGGAAGUAUUGGCAUCAUUGAUCCAUUGAGCAGAAUUAUUGGCUUGAGAUUAUAUGAUGGUCUUUUUAAAAUCAUACCCCUUGAUAAGGAUAUAAAAGAAUUAAAAGCAUUUAAUUUGAGAAUGGAAGAGUUGCAUGUUCAUGAUAUUCAAUUCUUGCAUGGCUGUAUAAAUCCGACUGUAGUUAUGGUUUAUCAAGAUGCUCAAGCUCGCCAUGUCAACACCUAUGAAAUAUCUAUGCGUGAUAAAGAGUUUUUAAAGGGGCCUUGGGCACAAAGUAAUGUAGAAGUUGAAGCUACUACUUUGAUUACAGUGCCUGAACCCUUUGGUGGUGCAAUCGUGAUUGGACAAGAGUCAAUUACCUAUUACCAUGGUGAAAAACAUAUAGCUAUUGCUCCACCAUUAAUAAAGCAAAGCGUUAUUAACUGUUACUGCAAAGUAGAUGAGAAUGGAUCUCGAUAUCUGCUUGGUAACAUGUAUGGCCGCUUAUUUAUGCUGCUUCUUGAAAAAGAAGAAAAGAUGGAUGGACGAGUUAUAGUUAGAGAUCUGAAAUUUGAAUUUUUGGGAGAGAUUACAAUCCCAGAAUGUAUCACUUAUUUGGACAAUGGUGUAGUAUAUAUUGGCUCAAGAUUAGGUGACUCACAGUUGGUAAAACUUAAUGUACAUGCUAAUGACAAUGGGUCUUUCACUGAAGUUAUGGAAACAUUUACCAAUUUAGGACCAAUUAUUGACAUGUGUGUUGUUGACUUGGAACGUCAAGGCCAGGGCCAGCUUGUUACUUGUUCAGGAGCUUAUAAAGAAGGUUCUUUACGCAUCAUUCGAAAUGGUAUUGGCAUCCAUGAACAUGCAAGCAUUGAUCUUCCUGGAGUAAAGGGCAUGUGGCCCUUAAAACUUGAUUCCACAGAGUAUGAUGACACUUUAAUCUUGUCUUUUGUUGGACAAACAAGAGUUUUGUGUCUUAGUGGAGAAGAUAUAGAAGAGAAGCAUUUACCCGGGUUUGAUGUCAGCCAACAAACUUUUCUUUGUGCUAAUGUCCGUUUUGAUCAGAUUGUUCAGGUGACAGCAUCAUCCAUCCGUUUGUUGAGUAGACCGACCAAGCAAGUUCUUAGUCAGUGGAUGCCUCCUCCUAAUCAGAUAAUUUGUGUUGUAUCUGCUAAUAUGUCGCAAGUUGUGUGUGCAAUUAGAAAUGAACUGUAUUAUUUUGAAAUAUUUGAAGAGGAAAUAAGGCAAACUGGCCAUACUAUAAUGGAGAAUGAAGUUGCAUGUCUUGAUGUAAAUCCAUUGGAUAGUGCAGAGAAAACUCCAAUCUGUGCUGUUGGUUUGUGGACAGAUAUUUCAAUACGAAUUUUAAAUCUUCCUUCUCUGAAAGAAAUACAUAAAGAAAUGCUAGGUGGUGAUAUUAUUCCUCGAUCUAUUCUUGCCACUACUUUUGAAAGCAUGCAUUAUUUACUUUGUGCCUUGGGAGAUGGAUCUCUCUUUUACUUUACUAUUGAUCCAGAAACUGGUUGCCUUGCAGAGAAAAAGAAGGUUACUCUUGGAACACAACCAACAGUUUUGAAAACCUUUCGCUCACUCGCUACUACAAAUGUAUUUGCCUGUUCUGAUAGACCAACUGUGAUAUAUUCCAGCAAUCAUAAGCUAGUAUUCUCUAAUGUGAAUCUGAAAGAAGUCAGUCAUAUGUGCCCUCUUAACUCUGUGGGUUAUCCUGAUAGUUUGGCCCUUUCAAAUGACCAUGCUCUGUUGAUUGGCACAAUUGAUGAAAUUCAAAAGCUUCAUAUUAGAACUGUUCCACUUGGAGAAUCGCCUAGACGUAUUGCCUAUCAAGAAGAUACUCAAACAUUUGGUGUUAUAACUACAAGAAUAGAUUUCCAUGAUAGUUGUGGACUGACACCUACAAGAAGAAGCGCAAGUACACAGGCAUUAAAUGUUUCUGUGAGUACAAGUGCUAAUUCCAUUAUUAAACUAACAAAUUCUGGUGGCCCAAGCGCAGAUGAUUGUGGUCAAGAAGUUGAUGUGUACAGUUUGCUAAUUAUUGACCAACAUACGUUUGAAGUUCUGCAUGCUCACCAAUUUUUACCAAAUGAGUAUGCCAUGAGUAUUGUUUCUACCAAGCUUGGCGAAGACCCAAAUACAUACUAUGUGGUUGGUACAGCAAUUGUAAAUAGUGAAGAUUCAGAACCAAAGCAGGGCAGAUUUAUUAUAUUCAUGUGGAAAGAUGGAAAACUUCAACAAAUUGCUGAAAAAGAAAUCAAAGGUGCACCCUAUACUAUGGUUGAAUUCAAUCGUAAACUUCUUGCUGCUAUCAAUAGUACUGUGCGUCUUUAUGAAUGGACUCCUGAAAGAGAACUGCAUAAUGAAUGUAGCUAUUUUAACAAUAUUAUUGCCUUAUAUUUAAAAACAAAAGGCGACUUCAUUUUAGUUGGUGAUAUCAUGCGGUCUUUGGCAUUAUUAGUAUAUAAACCUCUUGAGGGUAGUUUUGAAGAGAUUGCUCGCGAUCAUCACCCAAAUUGGAUGACUUGUGUUGAAAUACUGGAUGAUGAUACAGUUAUUGGUGCAGAAAACUCCUACAAUUUAUUUGUUUGUCAAAAGGACAGUGCUGCUCCAACUGACGAAGAUCGACAGCAUCUUCAAGAAGUAGGGCAUUUUCAUCUUGGUGAAAUGAUUAAUGUUUUCCGUCAUGGAUCUCUUGUAAUGCAGCAUCCAGGUGAAAUAACUACUCCAACCCAAGGAUCUGUUUUAUUUGGUUCUGUGAAUGGCUGUAUUGGCCUUGUGACACAGCUGCCAGAGGAAUAUUUUGUGUUCUUGAGUGAAGUCCAAAUUAGGUUAACAAAAAUAAUCAAAUCUGUUGGGAAGAUUUCUCAUUCAUUUUUCCGUGCAUUUUCAACUGAAAGAAAACAAGAACCAAGCGCAGGAUUCAUUGAUGGUGACUUGAUUGAAAGUUUCCUUGAUUUAAGAAGAGACCAAAUGGAAGCUGUUGUAAAAGGAAUUCCGUUUGAUGAUGGAUCUGGUAUGAAGAGGAAUGCCACUGUGGAUGAUCUUGUAAAAAUUGUUGAAGAACUUACUAGGAUUCAUUAGGUCUUCAUUUUUCUUAAAUUAGGCUCUACGUUGAAGAUAUAUUUUAAUCUUAUAACUUUUUGUAAAAAGAUGAGAAACAUCUUGUACAUAAACUUCAUUUUAGGCACAACUUAAUAUUUUUGCCUUUGCGUGAUUAGAGCUGUUUAUGGUAACAUGAACAAGGUGAUAAAUAAAUAAUGUAAAUUCAACUCA